AUGGAGAGGAAGAAACUGAGUUGUGAGUCCCCCCUGGUUUGGUCUUGCUUGAACAGAUGCAGCAGGUUAGUACAGGGUGCAGUUUUGACAUGUUGUGUUGUUUUCAUGUACAGAACUCCGCAGGGUAUUGGGAUGUGUUUUGCAGCGGUUUGUAGCUGUCGUGGAGAUGUGUUGUUGCUGUCAAGUAGCAGUGGCUCAUUUGGUUUUCUUUUUUAA